AGAGAGAGAGAGAGAGAGAGAGAGAGAGAGAGAGAGAGCGAGAGAGAGAGCGAGAAAGAGAGUGUGUAAGACAGCAUCAGAAUGACGGACGCGCGGAAAAGCGAAUUCCACGCUGCGGAAUUCAAAUGAGCCAGAACCAAAACCACACGAGAUCGGUUCUGCAUCCGCAUGGACUUGUAUUGAUCACGCAACGCGAAUAUCCUCCGGCAUCAGGAGUCAGGAUCUAGGAGCAAUCGGGAAACCCAGAAGGAGCAAUCUCCGCCGGUCAUCUAUCCAUCAGCUGACAACUGUCAGCCGUCAGCACCUGUCAGUUGUCAGUGCAACGCAGCGUCCAGUGCAGGAGGCCAGCUGUCAGCGGAAGUGAAAGUGAAAGGGAACGGGAACGAGAAAGGGAAAACUGGGGAGCGGAAGGACACCGGGGCCAGCAAAACGGGACAGCAGGAGCAGCAGGCGCACGAGCAGGAGCAGGUGCAGGUGCAGGUGCAGGUGCAGGUGCAGGUGCAGGAGCAGGAGCAGGCGAGGAUUGGGCAGCGCGACGCGUAGCGUCUAGGCGGCAAAAUGCCUGGCGGACGACGUGGACUGGUUGCGCCGCAGAACACAUUCCUCGAGAACAUCAUCCGGCGCUCCAAUUCGCAGCCGGACAGCUCGUUUCUUUUGGCCAACGCACAAAUCGUCGAUUUCCCGAUCGUCUACUGCAAUGAGUCCUUCUGCAAGAUCAGCGGCUAUAAUCGGGCCGAGGUCAUGCAGAAGUCGUGCAGGUAUGUAUGCGGCUUCAUGUAUGGCGAGCUGACAGACAAGGAGACGGUGGGACGGCUGGAGUACACGCUGGAGAACCAGCAGCAGGAUCAGUUCGAGAUUUUGCUCUACAAGAAGAACAAUUUGCAGUGUGGCUGCGCCCUCUCGCAGUUUGGCAAGGCACAAACCCAAGAAACCCCAUUAUGGCUGCUGCUACAGGUCGCACCCAUACGCAACGAACGCGACCUGGUGGUGCUCUUCCUGCUGACCUUCCGGGACAUCACGGCCCUCAAGCAGCCCAUCGACAGCGAGGACACCAAGGGAGUUUUAGGUCUCUCGAAGUUCGCCAAAUUGGCAAGAUCGGUGACCCGGAGUCGCCAGUUCAGCGCCCAUCUGCCCACGCUGAAGGAUCCCACGAAGCAGUCCAAUCUGGCGCAUAUGAUGUCCUUGAGCGCUGAUAUCAUGCCACAGUACCGACAGGAAGCCCCCAAAACGCCGCCACACAUACUCCUGCAUUAUUGUGCAUUUAAAGCAAUUUGGGACUGGGUGAUAUUGUGUUUAACAUUUUAUACAGCCAUCAUGGUGCCAUACAAUGUAGCGUUUAAAAAUAAAACCUCAGAGGAUGUUUCCCUGCUCGUGGUCGAUUCCAUAGUCGAUGUUAUAUUCUUUAUAGAUAUUGUUUUAAACUUCCAUACAACGUUCGUGGGUCCCGGCGGCGAGGUGGUCAGUGACCCAAAGGUGAUCCGCAUGAACUACCUAAAGUCGUGGUUCAUUAUCGACCUGCUCAGCUGCCUGCCGUACGACGUGUUCAACGCGUUCGAUCGGGAUGAGGACGGUAUCGGUUCCCUGUUCAGUGCCCUCAAGGUCGUCCGCCUUCUGCGUCUGGGGAGGGUGGUGCGAAAACUGGACCGCUACCUGGAGUACGGAGCGGCCAUGCUGAUCCUGCUGCUCUGCUUCUACAUGCUGGUGGCCCAUUGGCUAGCCUGCAUUUGGUACUCGAUUGGUCGCAGCGAUGCGGAUAAUGGGAUCCAGUACAGUUGGCUGUGGAAGCUGGCGAAUGUCACCCAGUCACCGUACUCGUAUAUAUGGAGUAAUGACACCGGGCCAGAAUUGGUCAAUGGGCCGUCACGGAAAAGCAUGUACGUGACGGCCCUAUAUUUCACCAUGACCUGCAUGACAUCGGUGGGCUUUGGCAAUGUCGCCGCGGAGACAGACAACGAGAAGGUGUUCACCAUCUGCAUGAUGAUCAUUGCAGCUCUGCUGUAUGCCACGAUCUUCGGACACGUUACCACCAUCAUUCAGCAGAUGACAUCGGCCACGGCCAAGUAUCACGACAUGCUGAACAAUGUACGCGAGUUCAUGAAGCUGCACGAGGUGCCAAAGGCUCUCAGCGAACGAGUGAUGGACUAUGUAGUCUCUACCUGGGCCAUGACCAAGGGUCUGGACACCGAGAAGGUACUAAACUAUUGUCCGAAAGAUAUGAAGGCUGACAUAUGUGUUCAUCUAAAUCGCAAAGUAUUUAACGAGCAUCCGGCAUUUCGUCUGGCCUCGGAUGGUUGUCUCCGGGCACUGGCGAUGCACUUCAUGAUGUCGCACUCGGCGCCGGGGGAUUUGCUUUAUCACACCGGCGAGAGCAUCGAUAGCCUAUGCUUCAUUGUUACCGGCAGUCUGGAGGUGAUACAAGACGACGAGGUUGUGGCAAUAUUGGGCAAGGGCGACGUCUUCGGCGAUCAAUUCUGGAAGGACUCGGCCGUUGGCCAGAGUGCGGCCAAUGUGCGUGCUCUGACCUAUUGUGAUUUGCAUGCCAUCAAACGUGAUAAAUUGCUCGAAGUCCUCGAUUUCUAUUCGGCAUUUGCGAAUAGCUUUGCACGCAAUCUGGUGCUCACCUACAAUCUCAGACAUCGACUGAUUUUUCGCAAGGUGGCCGAUGUGAAGCGCGAAAAAGAAUUGGCCGAACGGCGUAAGAACGAGCCGCAAUUGCCCCAGAAUCAGGACCAUCUUGUCCGGAAGAUCUUCUCAAAAUUCCGUCGCACUCCGCAGGUCCAAGCGGGCAGCAAAGAGCUCGUCGGCGGAUCCGGCCAAAGUGAUGUCGAGAAGGGUGACGGCGAGGUGGAGCGAACUAAGAAGCUACCAGCCAAACUGACACUGACCGAGGACGCUCGCAUCCUCAGCACCGCCGCGGCGCCCUCGCCAUCGCCAUCCCCAUCGCCCUCAUCGGGUCCACCAUCUGCGCGCAGUACACGGGCCAGCAAGUGGGGACGCCUCCUGGGCAGUUCAAGCGUCGAUUCAGCUAGCGACACCAGCGCCAAGGUAGCCGUCUCGAGAAGUUUGAGCGCCCGCGAAAGCCUCCGAGAGAGCACCGCCCAAGCGCGGCAGAGUAGUACUUCGAGUAGCAAUGGUGGACAAGGCAACAAACAUUUACAAUUAAGCAAAGUUUUUCCCAAGGCGCCCAAGCUGCAGGCUAGCCAGGCCACUCUGGCCCGCCAGGACACCAUCGACGAGGGUGGCGAGGUGGACUCCUCGCCGCCAAGUCGCGACAGUCGCGUGGUUAUCGAGGGUGCAGCCGUCACCUCGGCCACCGUGGGACCAUCGCCGCCAGUGGCCACCACAUCCUCGGCGGCGGCGUCGGGAGCAUCGGGAGUAUCUGGAGCACCAGGUAGUGCUGGCACUGUGGUGGCCAUUGUCACCAAAGCGGAUCGUAAUCUCGCCAUGGAGCGGGAGCGCCAGAUCGAGAUGGCCAGCUCGAGGGCCACCACAUCGGAUACGUACGAUACUGGGCUGCGCGAGACGCCGCCCACGCUGGCGCAGCGCGAUCUCAUCGCCACCGUGCUGGACAUGAAGGUGGAUGUGCGGCUGGAAUUGCAGCGCAUGCAGCAGCGGAUUGGCCGCAUCGAGGAUCUGCUGGGCGAGCUGGUCAAGCGGCUGGCACCAGGUGGUACCGCCGGUAGCGGUGCCAACGCUCCGGAUAACAGCAGUGGCCAGACCACGCCCGGCGACGAGAUUUGCGCGGGCUGCGGUGCGGGCGGCGGCGGCGGCGGUACACCCACAACACAGGCCCCCCCAACAUCUGUGGUAACCAGCCCGGUGGACACUGUGAUAACCAUUUCAUCGCCAGGAGCAUCUGGUUCGGGAUCGGGAGCAGGAGUAGCUGGCGCUGGUGGCGCUGGUCUGCUAAAUCCGGGCGCCACAGUUGUGUCGAGCGCGGGAGGCAACGGCCUGGGGCCACUGAUGCUCAAGAAGCGACGCUCGAAGAGCAGGAAAGCACCGGCGCCUCCUAAGCAGACACUCGCCUCGACGGCCGGCACCGCGACCGCAGCUCCAGCGGGCGUUGCCGGAUCUGGUAUGACGUCAUCGGCGCCAGCGUCAGCGGAUCAGCAGCAGCAACAGCAACAGCAGCUGGCGGCGGAUCAAUCACCCACAACGCCUGGAGCGGAACUGCUGCAUCUACGCCUGCUCGAAGAGGACUUUACGGCGGCCCAACUGCCUUCGACAUCGUCAGCUGGCGCCGGAGUUGGUGGUGGAGGAUCCGGCUCUGGUGUCACGCCCACAACACCGCCACCGACCACAACGGGGGGCAGUGGCAGCGGCACGCCCACCAGCACCACAGCCACGACCACACCCACAGGCAGUGGUACAACAACGCGCGGCAAGCUGGACUUCCUGUAGCCCACGACGAUCGGGAAGGAGCGAGGAGGAGAGGAGGAGGAGGAGGAGGCCUCCAGCCAGGAGCAAUAAUACAAAAUCGGGGGAGUAGGAGCCCAGCCACGCCCACUCGCAAGCCUACGCCUACGCUUAGUUAGUCUAAAUACUUAAGAUACAGCUGUAACCUCAACUCAACACUGAAACUAGCUCAUCUAUCUCAAACACUUAAAAGUCCACUGCAACGUAUUUAUCCAAAGAUUACGGAAGGCAUUCCACAAAAAAAUAGUUGAAAAGAGGUUUUGAAAAUCCG